CAUGAAGCUCAUUUUGUCCAUCCUCCCCAUCCUAAUUGUAGGGUUUAUACCAGAACUAAGCACCGGUAAUGACCACAGGCAAUUCGCCUACACUGGCUUCACCAUCAGCAACCUCACCCUAGACGGCGCAGCUAGAAUCACAUCGACCGGCGUCAUCGAACUGACAAAUGAUACAGCCCGGAUCAAGGGCCAUGCAGUUUACCCAUCUCCACUGUGCUUCUGCCUGUCCGCUGAUGGCUUGGUGCAGUCCUUCUCUACCUCCUUUGUGUUUGGUAUUCUCUCUUCAUUUGGAGACAUAAGGGGCCAUGGCUUUGCCUUCUUCAUCGGCCCAAGCAAUGAUUUCACUAAAGCUUUUCCAAUCCAAUUUUUGGGGCUUUUCAACUCCAUAAACAAUGGCAGUUUGGUCAACCAAAUCUUUGCAAUUGAGCUUGACACCAUCCAAAAUACUGAGUUUGGGGACAUCGACAACAACCAUGCUGGAAUCGACAUCAACAGCCUCAACUCUUUGAGAUCCAACACAGCUGGUUUCUACAAUAACAAUAAGAAUGGCAUGUUCACAAACCUACCCCUCAUUGGAAGUGGGCCAAUCCAAACUUGGGUAGAGUAUGAUGGAAACACAACACAGAUCAGUGUGACCUUAGCUCCUCUUGGCAUGGAAAAACCUAUGAGGCCACUCCUCUCUUUAACCUUCAACCUCUCCACAGUUCUAAAAGAGGAAUCAUACAUUGGCUCCUCGUCUUCGACAGGCUUAACCACUGGGCAUCACUGUGUUCUUGGAUGGAGUUUUGGAAUGAAUAGUCCUGCUCCAAUAAUCGACUCCACCAAAGUACCCAAACUACCUUAUCUUGGCCAAAGAUAUCCAUCUAAACUCUUAGAGAUCAUUCUACCAAUUGCCUCUGCAGUUUUGGUAUUAGCUAUUGGCACUAUAGCUGUUAUACUUGUGAGGAGACAUCUUAGGUAUAAGGAGGUACACGAAGAUUGGGAGGUUGAGCAUGGUCCACACAUAUUUGCUUACAAAGAUUUAUAUCGUGCCACCAAAGGAUUUAGUUCCAAGAAUUUGAUAGAGAUAGGUGGGUUUGGAAGGGUGUACAAGGGAGUUCUUCCCACAUCCAAGUCAGAGGUUGCAGUAAAGAGGGUAUCGUAUAGCUCGAAGCAGGGGAUAAAACAAUUUGUUGCUGAAGUGGUAAGUAUGGGGCAUCUUCAACACAACAAUGUUGGGAAAUUAUUUGGCUAUUGUAGGCGAAAAGGUGAACUCCUUCUAGUGUAUGAUUAUAUGGAGAAUGGAAGUCUUGAUAAGUACUUGUGUGGUGAGGAGGACAGGACCACCUUAGAUUGGGGACAAAGGUUUAAAAUUAUCAAAGGAAUCGCAUCGAGCUUGCUCUACCUUCAUGAGGAAUGGGACAAAGUUGUCAUCCAUCGUGAUGUCAAGCCAAACAAUGUGCUUCUUGAUAAAGAGAUGAAUGGACGACUCGGAGAUUUCGGCAUCGCAAGAUUGUAUGAUCAUGGCACCGACCCACAAACUACACAUGUUGUUGGCACAAUAGGAUACCUAGCCCCAGAGCUAGUACACAGAGGCAAGGCAACCAAUCUAACUGAUGUGUUUUCCUUUGGCAUUUUCAUUCUUGAGGUUACCUGUGGAAGAAAGGCAAUGACUGAAGACACCCAAAACCGCCAGGUCAUGUUGGUCGAUUGGGUGAUUCAGAACUGGAAUAAAGAUUCACUCCUUGAUGCAGUGGAUACCAAACUCCAAGGUAACUAUGAUAUUGAUGAGGUAUUCCUUGCAUUGAAGUUAGGGUUGCUGUGCUCUCAUCCAUUUCCAGAUGCAAGACCCAACAUGCGGCAAGUUCUGCAGUAUCUCGAGGGUGAUGUGCCACUACCAGAGCUACUACCAGCACACUUCAGCUUUCAUAUGUUGGCCUUAAUGAAGAAUGAAGGACGUUGUGGCUCAUCCAUAGUGUCAUUGUACCCAUCACCAAUGAUGAUGGACGUUGGUUCAAUAUCCUUUUCUCUUGAUGGAAGAUGA